GGCUGUCGCUGCGAUACUAGGCUUAGUACAGUGACAGAGGUGGUAAACGAUAACCCUAAUUGCACUUUAACUCCUUGGCGCAGAAACGUUGCCGCGACAUUUUGUUUCUGGCAGCUAAAUUUAACCAAUGUGUUUUUGUUGUGUUGGUAAAAGUAGGCCUAGGUGUAGGCUACAAGCCACCACCUCUCCCCGGUUUAUUGAUUUAUGCCUGGUUUACGUAAAAUUCAGGUUAAAGCAAAGCCUGUCGAUCGGCAUUUUCUCAUAUUGGUAGUUUUCUAUGGGAAGGAUCGACGUUCGGUGGGUUUUUCACUCUUAAUGAAAGGGGUCCGGACUGCUUUAGCGCUGGGUAUCUUGAGUCUAUUGAGUCAAAGGUAAAGGCUGCAGGUUUGAUUCUCCGGUGAGGCGCUGCCGUUGUAUCGUUGCUUGAGCAAGCAAGCACGGCCCGAAACAGGAAGUUGAGCGGGGUUUUUUCGCCAUGAAGAAACAGGAAGAGACGGCCAACCGGCCGGACAACACGGCGUUCACGCAGCAGCGGCUGCCCGCCUGGCAGCCCAUGCUGUCCGCCGGCAUCGUCAUCCCCGGCUUCGUCAUCAUCGGCAUCGCCUUCAUCGGCAUCGGCGUGGCGCUCUUCGUCACCUCCCAGAACAUCCAGGUGUUGGAGCGGGAUUACACGGGCGUGGAGAAAGACUCCCCCUGCUUCAAGUGCACCAGCUCCGAAGCCAAGAACUGCGUCUGCACCAUCAACUUCUCCCUCUCCCAGCUGUUCGAGGGUCCCGUGUUCUUCUACUACGGCUUGUCUAACUACUACCAGAGCUACCGCAGAUACGCAGUCUCCAGAGACGCCGACCAGCUGUCUGGGGACGUGUCCCACUUCAAGGCUCCAGAUUCCUCCUGCACUCCGUACGAGUACUCCCAGAGCCUGCCCAUCGUGCCCUGCGGCUCCGUGGCCAACAGCAUGUUCAACGACUCCUUCAAGCUGUACCAGGUGGUCAGUGGGCAGAGAAAGGAGGUCCCAUUCGACAGCAAAGGCAUCGCCUGGUGGACGGACUACAACAUCAAAUACCACAACCCCAUCUACAACGGGUCCCUGAAGGACGCUUUUACCGGUACGGUGAAGCCACCCAACUGGCCCAAGCCGGCCUAUGAGCUGGACACGCAGGACCCCGCCAACAACGGCUUCCAUAACCAGGACUUCCUGGUGUGGAUGAGGGCGGCGGCUCUCCCAGACUUCAGGAAGCUGUACCGGCGAAUCACGGAGGGGGACUACGCCAAGGGCCUCCCCGCUGGGAACUACUCCUUGGACAUCAGCUACAACUAUCCCGUGUUGCCUUUCGAUGGUCGGAAGAAGGUGGUCUUGAGCAACGUCUCCUGGAUGGGCGGAAAGAACCAGUUCCUGGGCAUCGCCUACCUGGUGAUCGGCUCGCUGUGCGUGGUCAUGUCCCUGGUCAUGCUGAUCGUUUACGCCAAGUUCAAGUUCCCGGAGGAUGACUCGUGAGGCGCAGCCACUGCGGGACCUGUCCGAGAGGGGGGGGGCGCGGAGAUGAGGUCAUCUUAACCGUCCUGACUCAGGAGGGUUCCGUCCCCGUCCCCGUCCCCCGGGCCCCUGUGAUUGGCUGUUGAUAAGCUACAUUCCUCAGCUAAAGCCAGUGACGGUAAAUUAAAAGCGGUUAAAUUGGGAAAUGCUCAUCUUCAUGACCUGUGUGUCUCAUCUGUAAGCAAAGGGAUGUGGGUGAGUGAUACACACACAGACACACACACAUACACACACACACACACACACACACUCACACACACACACACACACACACACACUCACACACGCGCACACACACACGCAUACACACACACUCACACACACAGACACACACACAUACACACACACUCGCAUACACACACGCACGCGCUCACACACGCAUACACACACACACACACACACACACUCACACACACAUCCAGAGCUUUUACACUCUUGGGUAGCUGUUGUAACAAGUGUCAAUUUUAUUUAAACAAAAUUUUAAAAAAGCUAAAUACUAGCCCUAGAGACAGUGGGGGCCUAGAAAAUCAGUAAUCCCCGGAUUAAUGAAAAAUCACAGCCAUGAAUUAUGAUUUUUUUAGGCCGUUCCCCUGUUCUACAGGCUUUUGCACACGACACACUUUUCUGGCAGUUGGGUGGGGGCAAGGGACAGGGUGCUAAUGUUUAAAGAUGCCUUAUGCACAGAUCGUGUUGUUUCUUCAGACAGGUUUAUUUAUUUAAACUUUGAAAAGCCAUAACUAUUUCCGAGCCUUAAUUGUCUGAAUAGUACCCGUUUGUGACCGUCUGGCCUGAGUUUCUCUCCUCGUUUUCCUCUGUUUGCGCUGCUAGUUGACGUCGCUCAUGGAGUACUUUUGCAUGUCACUCUUUUGGUUUGUAAAGCACUUGUCUGCCCGUGUCACUGGAGGUCAGCGUGGCCUGUUCUACAGCUGGGGGAUUAGGCCUGGAGCCAUCGGCUGUGUUUUCUUUACAAUAUGCAAAAAAAAAAACUGACAUAAUUCCCCUGUGGCUAAUUACUGAUUUCUCAUCAGUGGUUUUGAAUGGAAAGGAGCCAUAAUGAGUCUGUUUCAGGGGCAAAAUUCGAAUGACCCCCACCUCUUAUCCGCCUGGUGCAGGUUAGUCCCUGUCUUUAGGUAACAGACAUAAGAACUGAAGAACUCUUCUUUUCUUCUUGAACCAUACCUUUCUGUUUUGGUACAGUAAAGAGUUACACAAAAGCCUGUUUUUUUUUUUUGUUACAGUCAUGGAAAAACUGUUGCUUUUUGAUUACAGAGCCAUGAAGCCAUGAAGAUGAGGGCUAUAUUGAAUAAAUUCCAAUAGGGUAGACUUGGAAGUCUGAUUGAAUGCUUUAACUGAUGUGAAUAUUUGCGCUACAGAAUAUGAUGAUGACUGUGUUAUGUUGUCCUUCUUUCAUAAUUUGUAUUUCCUUGGGUUCUGUGGGUGAUUUAAUGUUUUUUUUUUUUCCUCUGAUAGAAUAUUUUUCUACAAAACUGCGGUGUGCAUUUAAUGGUGUUCUCAGGGCAUUGGUGUCAUUUCUGUAAUAUUAUGUGUAUAUUUUAUCUUUUAUCAUGACCUCUGUAUUUUACAUUUUCAUUUGUUUUCUAGUGUUGUGCAUUUACUGUUUAUAAAUUGUACAAUAAAUGGAAACUUGAAGGA